AUGUAUGAUGAACGCACCGGCAAAUGGCUUGACUAUGACCACACUACUGGGUCCCAGAUAACCUCAGAAACUGACCACCUGGCAGGUGGUAGGUUGAAUGAUCGUGCCAUCGGACCAUGCCGCUUUGAGUCUGAGAGCGCUGCUUGCUCUGGUUUUGAGCAGUAUCUUUACUCUUGUUGGCAGUCUCCCCAUUCGUGGAAUGAUUAUAAGGGCUGA